AUUAAGCCAAAGAACGGGUCAGUACAAAGUACACAUACAACUCAGACAUCACUACAUGAAAGAGGUAACUUGGGUUAUUGACGUGAUAUUUUGUUUAUUGAAGCGAAGCGACAGUUCGUUUCUACUGGAACUAGAGUGUCUAAAACAAAGGCUAAACAGCUGAACAUUUUGUUUUAUUAUUCUGUCAAAUAUGCGUCUUAGAGUGCAAGUCAAAUAUGUUACAGAGCACAUGAACUAUUUAGAAGAAAAGAUACACGUCAUGAAACCUGUGGUUGAAGCUUUGCAAGGUAAGGCUGUAGACAAAAGUAAGACUUGGUUAGAAGAUAAAAGUGACAACGAAUCUUUGACAUACUGUGAUCUAUGUCAAGAACUUGAAUCAGCUACCUUGGCCUUGUUGGAUAAAGCGACUCACAUCUUAGGCGAAAAUAAAGAAAGUGUAGAAGAUGGAAGGUCAUUUUCAUCCCAGUCUACCUCACAAACAACAGCAACAGAAGAAUGUGGCAGUAGUCAGUCAACAGAUCAAGUCCUUAACGAACUUUAUAAACCAUCAGAAAUAUUAAGUCGACUUGAGCAGAUAGAGACAGCCAUAUCUUCUCUACAAGACGUCAGUCGACUUGAGCAGAUAGAGACAGCCAUAUCUUCUCUACAAGACGUCAGUCGACUUGAGCAGAUAGAGACAGCCAUAUCUUCUCUACAAGACGUCAGUCGACUUGAGCAGAUAGAGACAGCCAUAUCUUCUCUACAAGACGUCAGUCGACUUGAGCAGAUAGAGACAGCCAUAUCUUCUCUACAAGACGUCAGUCGACUUGAGCAGAUAGAGACAGCCAUAUCUUCUCUACAAGACGUCAGUCGACUUGAGCAGAUAGAGACAGCCAUAUCUUCUCUACAAGACGUAAGUCGACUUGAGCAGAUAGAGACAGCCAUAUCUUCUCUACAAGAUGUCAAUGACAAGUCUACAGAUGACAUAUCAGAAAUAAAACAAUGGAGAGACAACUUUGUAACAGAACAGAGUGACAUCGGGGUGAUCAUUGAACAACUGACUAAAAAACAAAAGCAGAAUUUUAAAACCUUUAGAAAACAAAUGAAUGAACAAGAUAACAUAGUAAAGGCUCUGAACAAAGAAAAUGAAAGUUUAAAAGAAAAAGAAACCAGUUCAAACAAAACACUAGAGAAACUGUCUCUAGGUAUGAAAGAAUAUGAAAACAACUUACUCGAAAUAACUAAAAAGAUGCAAAAUCACACAGAUAAAACAGAAAGUAUAACACAAGAAAUAAAAAGCUAUUCUGAUUUAAUUGUUUCUUUACAAGAGGAUUAUAAUAAAACCAGGGCAAAUGUAUCUACCAAAUUUGAGAAGUUGCAAUUCAAGCACAACCUGAUGUACCAACUUCUACAGCAAAAAUUGAUGCCCAUUGACAGAUUGUUUCAAAUAUUUAACAAGAGCUUAGUAACUAGAGAAGAAAGAUCAAAGAAGCUGGAAACUAUGGAAAAUGUUAUGUCAAAGUUGACGAUGGAUUUCAAUGUAAUCGAGUCGCGGGUAUGUAACAGAUAUGCUUGCAUUGCACAGCUUGCUAAUCCCACACCUGUCAGUGAUAAAUCAAUUAUUUCAACAUUUAGUGAAGUACGUGAAUAUAACGGUCAACAUUUUAAUCAAACAACAGGAACAUUUGUAUCACCACAUGAUGGUUUAUAUCUUGUCUGUGUGACUCUACAUGAAUGUGGACAUAAACUGAUUGGCGUUACUGUGAUGGCUGGUGGCAGGUUGUUUGCAGUUAUAGAUGUUAAAUCUAACAGAUCUAGCGCUGCUGGGUCAGUGGUUGUCGACAUGAAGAAAGGGGAAGAACUUUUCUUUAAAGUGUAUGCAGUAGAUCCAGGCGCAAUGUUAUCCAGCUUCAGUAGUUUUACUAUCGUUAGUUUAUAGAUGAACAUCAUCAAACAUGGUGGUUGGGAAAUUAUUUUUAAAAAAAACGAAUGUAUAAAAACUAAAUUUGUAAACACACGUUACUAAACUUCUAUGUGUUUAAACUUCAUGUCAACUAAUGGUCUAUGUUUACCAUACACAUUUGCUACCAGUCCAAUCAACAUCUAUGUGUUUUAUUAGACUACUCUCUACUUACCUCUUUAACUUUGAACACAAUAUGAUAACUCUGGCUUAAUGCGGAUAACUUAAAUUACAUUUUAUCUUUGUAUCAACAUGUAUCUUUCACCUGAAACAGAAACCAAACAUGAAAUAUAAUGUACAGUGUUUUAUUAAAAGAUCAUUCAC